CCUAAUAUCCCACCGAUCCUGUUGACUCGAAUUGACCGAUGUUUGCUCGUGCAUUGACGUCAUUACCCCAGAAUCGGCCAGAGCUGUGGAAGCUGAUGCGAAGAAUCCCUCCAUCGAUGGUGCUCCACCCCUAGCGAACCGCAAUGGCACCUUAAAGGAGGCUACAAAUGAGGGACAGUCUAAUGAUGAAAGUAAAUCCGGUGCACAUAGAAAAGCUGGCGAUGGGAUGAACUUCUCUGGAGAAUCACAACAAAGUGAUCAGACUACUACGACUGCAACCGCAUCGACUGAAAAGCCGAGUGAUGAGAGACAAUCCGAGCAGCAGAGUACUGGUGCAAAGCCUCAAAGGCGUGAACAUGCGUCAAGCUCGAUGCAAGCUGAUGCCGAGAAUUCAAGCUCCGAGCAUGCACUAGAGUCUACGCCCAAGAAACAGAAGACGAAGGAACAGCAUGUCGCCGUCAAGGACGAAGUGUCGGCUCCCUCAGUCACAAAAUCGAGUCAGCCUGCCAACGGGCCUAAGAGCUCACCAGGCCGGCCUAAAAAGAGAAAGGACGCGCCGAAGAGGGAUAUUCCCACAGUUGGCAUUGGCAGCCGUACGCGGAGUCGUACCAAGAUUGCUCUUUGAUAAACAUGCCACCUUCAGUAACUGAUCUUGCGGUCAUCAGGGAAAGUCUUCGACAGCUACACAAUGAUGAUCGUGUUGCACGUUGACCAGUCUUGAGUCUGCUACUUUUGUUCCUG